GUCGACGUCCAUUUUGUCGAAGAGAGGGAGAAGAUUUUUUCGAUAAAAGAGGAAAGCGCCAAACAACGAUAACCACCUGUCAAAUCCCCCGCAGCACCGCAUUGCGCAGCCGCAGUCUCGGCGUCAAGUACAAAUUUGGAUCGUCAAGACGGCUCACCACAGUCUCUCACUCCACCCACUAUGUCCAACGAAACUAACGACAAGCCGCCUGCUUACGAGGAUGCCGCUCCUUCUUCUCAAGUGAAGGACGUCAAACGUGCUCCGGUCAUGGAUGCAAGCCCCGUCUAUGUCCCUCACGCAGGACCUUCCUCUUCUGCAAAUCCUGUGGUCUUCCAUUACCACAACUCUCGAACGGGCGAACACGUCGCUUCUCUGCUCCCUCCCGAUCACCCUGAAAUGAUAUGUCUACAGGCAGGAGAGCACGUUCCGAUGACUAACUACGGUUUCCUUGGUAUCCUGGCCGCCGUAUUUUGGUUCCCACUGGGGGUCGGUCUGUGCCUGCUCGAUCGGCGAGUCAAGUGCGCUCGGUGUGGACACGUCAUUGAGGAUGGCUUCUGUUAUUGAAGGGAUGAUCAUCCGCUCUAUGUUUCUCUCUCUCCGGACAAUGUACAUUUACAUCACACACGAUUGUAUGUUCCUUCUGAUAAUGUGAUGGCUGGAGUCGGAGACUGUCAAUGUCGG